GUAGAAAGUUGGCAGCUCUGCUUCGAUGUAGGAAAAUUAAGUUUUUAACUAGCAAGGAAAAAUGCAGCAGUUCAGUUCGCGGGAAAAGUAUUUGGUGUCGAACACCUUGAACUGCUGGCCCGUGAUGCUGCAGGGACACUCUGUGCUCAUCGAUCUGCACAACGAGACUUCAGUGGCCGGCAUCAUUGAUAUCGCGGAUGGGCACAUGACCUGCGAACUCUCUAAUGUAGUGUUCAUUGAUCGCAAUGGAGGCCAACAUCCAUUUGACCACUUCAUGGUGCGGAAUCGUAUGAUCCGGCAAAUUCACAUACCCACGCACUUGGAUGCCGAGCAGGAACUCCGAAAAGCGAUGGAACGCGGUGUCCUGCGAAGAAAGCGAGUUGAAGCCAAGGGAGGGAAGCGCACUUUCAAACAAAAGCGUGCGGAAGUGCGACACAAGGAAACCCUGCAUAUGAUCUCCCAGCAAAGGAAGGAAAAGGAAUAGAGCUAAUCCCUACGCAUUCAACUUAGCAUACGAAUUAUUUUCAAGCUAAACGAUGAGCAUAAACAUAUUCCCAGCAGAAAAGAAAAUCAGGAAACUUAGUAUCUACCAUGUUUAUUUAUUCCAAGAAAUACAAACUUUUCGAUCGACUGAA